AUGGAUAUAGAAGCUUUAUCCAUUAGAAUUUCAUGGAUCGGAUUUUUCCUGACAUUGGUCAUAAAUUCUACAGUACUUCAUACAGCUUUUCAUCAUUCGAAUAAUAUUUUCGGAAGUUAUAAAUACCUUAUCAUGAGCUUCUCGUUAAUGGGAAUUAUUUUUGCGACAGCCGAAAUAUUUUCAAAGCCGGUUCGUUUCAACCGAAUUUUUUUGAAUUGGUCCAGUAAUUUGAAAGGACCAAUUCAAAAAUAUUCAAAAUAGGUUCCAAUCCCAAAAAUUUUAGAUGAUUUUUGAUGUCGAUUCUGCAUUCAUAAUUCUCACAUUCCUAAAACCAGCUCGUUCUUGGAAAUCAUUUAUUCUCCUAGGUUUGUCUUUUGAAAAAAGUUCAGAUUGUUCAGACCCAAAUUUUCAGCGAUGUUCGCCAGCAUGUUUGCUGUCACCAUACAUUUGUUAACAAUUCAAUUUGUUUAUCGAUAUUGGGCUAUUUUCAAGUAAUUUUUCGUUUUUUUAAAAGAUAAAUAUAGAUUUAUAAAUAGCUAGAAUUUCAGAAUUCAAAACGUCAAGAAGUAUUUCGGAAAGUUGAAAUGUGUUUUUCUUUGGUUUACAACUUGUGCUUUUGUUUUUCUUUGCAUGUCCCUUAUGUUAUAUAUUGCAAGGCCAGACACGGUCUCUGAUGAAUUUCUACAGUAAUAACAAAAAUUCUAAAAUAACCCGAAAUAUGAACUUUAUUUUUGCAGGAAUCGAACAAAAUCAAAUUUGAGUCUAAAUCCUGAAUUAAUGACAUAUUAUAUCGCAAUGAUUUAUCUUGAAGGAAGUUUUAAUUAUAUCGAAAGUUUUCCACUUUUAGUUGUUAUAAUUAUGGUUGCUGCACAUUAUAUCAUCAUUUCUUACUGUGGUUUUCAAAUGUUCAAAAAUAUGAACAAGAAAAUGAUAUCUUUGUCAAAUCAUCUUCAAAGAAUCAAUAAACAAUUAUUCCGAACUUUGAUUAUUCAAGUUUGUCUUCCAACUCUUUUCAUUUUCACUCCAAUGUUAUCUAUUUAUAUCAUACCAUUUUUCAAUUUGGAUCUUUUUAUAAAUGCCGGACCAAUUGCUUGUUCUUUAUCUUUCUAUCCAUCAAUCGAUGGUCUCAUUUGUUUAUAUUUUAUUGUUGAUUAUCGAAAUGCUCUCAAAGGUAAGAAACUGAAAUGGAAACGUAUUUUCUAAUUUCGAAUAUUUUUAGCUGACAUCCUAUACUUUCUCAAUUGCCUAACUUGUCGAACAAAAUCAGCAGAACCAAAAUCACCAAAACCACCAAACGAAAAAUACUAA